UUUAGGAGUUGCCCUGACUGAGGAUGCGCGACGUGCGGGCUUGGCUCUGCAGAAGUGGGCCGGGCAGGGCGAGAGGUCCUGGAGGGGAAAGAGGAUUGGGUGUUCCUAGCAGCCGGCUAGGUCGCAGGCCUGGUUCUGGCCUGCGUGGGACCCUCGUUCCAGGCCUCCAGCUCUGUUACUCAGGAGUUCCUCGCUCUCCCAGGCCUCAGUUUCCCACCCACCUCCCGCGUGCAUGCAGAGGCAGCUUCACGGAUCCCGAGUCUGGCGAGUACUAGGCGGGGAGGGGCAAGGGCGGUAACACGAGCUGCCCGGGCGGGUCUCCUGGCUCCCGCAGCCACGUUCGCAGCCCAGGCUAGCGGACGCUCGGGGUUGGGAGCGGCGAUCGCCCCGGGGGCGACCGCAGCACAUCCUGCAGGCCGUCCUCCUGGGCUUUUGCGUGUUCAGCAGCUGGAGUGUCUCUCCCUGCUGGAAUGUAGGCUCCAGCUGGGUGGGGACACCGUGUUUGUCCACUGAUGUAUCCCCAGUGAUUUGACAAGUACUUCCUGAGGACUUUGUCUGGGAGCCCUGCACUGUGCUGGAGUUGGGGAUUAUUCCACCAGGUUCCUGAAGCACUGAGCUGUGUGGUCGGAUAAGAGGCCUCCACCCUCACCCAGAGAGCUCUGCUGAUAACUGCCAAGGUGUGAGGGGGUCCGGAGACCAAGCAGUGCUUCCCGGGCCAGGACCUUGUGCAAGUCCCAGUCACUGCUCUGCCGAAGUCUCCCUGCAUGAGGAGGACCGCUGGAUCAGGGCUCUGGCAUGCAGGGAGUGUGCGUGGUGCUUCGUAGCCAUGCCCCGCUCUGGGCUGCUCUUUCUCAGCCGUGCCCCGCGUCUGGGCCGCUCUUGGAGGUUCUCGGAGAAACCAUGAAGCUGAACCAGAGGAGUGUGGCCCAUUAUGCAAUGAGCGACUCUCCAGCAGAUCACACCGGCUUCCUGCGCACUUGGGGGGGGCCAGGGACACCACCCACCCCCAGUGGCACUGGCCGAAGAUGCUGGUUUGUCCUCAAGGGCAACCUGCUAUUCUCCUUUGAGAGUCGCGAGGGCCGGGCCCCGCUGAGCCUGGUGGUGCUGGAGGGCUGCACAGUGGAGCUGGCUGAGGCGCCUGUGCCCGAGGAGUUCGCCUUUGCCAUUCGCUUUGAUGCCCCCGGAGUGCGCCCCCAUCUGCUGGCAGCAGAUGGGCCAGCGGCCCAGGAAGCCUGGGUGAAGGCGCUGUCCCGGGCAAGCUUUGGCUACAUGCGAUUGGUGGUGCGCGAGCUGGAGAGCCAGUUGCAGGAAGCCCGCCAGAGCCUGGUCUUGCAUCGCCACUCAACCUGGAAGGCCACUGCGGGCCGCUGCAAGCCCCCAGCUCCUGACCGCUGGUCUCCGGGCCUGGAGAAUGGCCACUCCCUCUCCAGGGACUGCAGCCCUAUGGGCUUGGUAGAAGAAGGAGGCAGCAGGCCAGCAGGCCGGGGUUGGGCUGAAUGGGAAUUACAGGGUCCUGCCAGCCUCCUCCUAGGCAGGGGACAGAGUCCUGUGUCCCCUGAAACUUCCUGCUUCUCUACCCUGCACAACUGGUAUGGCCAGGAGAUUGUGGAGCUGAGGCACAGGUGGCAGCAGAGGGCCCAGUGCAGCCAGCCAGAGUGUGAGAAACAGGACAGGCCCUGAGCCGGGGUCCUUAGAGUUCUGCCCUUGUCCUGCCGGUCAGGACCUCAGGGCCAGUGCUUUCGCAGGAGUUAAAUGUUUACUCAUUCCAAGGUUGCUUUCUUUCAGUUUGAUGGGGCAGCUGAGGGUUCUUCUUCCUGCUUUUUAGACCUUCUCCAGGUUCCAGAUCUACCUGUGUGCCUGGAUGGGACUGAAGAGUCAUUACUUCCAAUCUCUUCAUUUCCUGAGGCCAUAGAGGAAAAGUUAUGUGCCCAGCAACCAGAGCAAGACCCAAGACCCCUGGCUCUGCGCUGGACUGCCCCUCUCCUGGGGGAUGGCAAUGAAACAGAGGAAGUAGGGAAUGUUACAUGGCCACUGCCACCCACCCUUUGACCUAUGCUCACCACUUCUAACGGGGGAUCUUCUGUGCAUUUACAUACCAGAAUUUGGCUGCAAUCUGAUUGGCUUGAAGGCCAACCCUGUGGGAGAAAGUGAAUUUAUGGUCCUAGGGACUUCUGGGACCCAGCUGUUCCUGAAUCCAGUGGGAAGACUGGGCAUGGGACACCCCAUACUACAGUUUGGGAAGGGACCUUCAGAGGGAGAGGGCCUUCAGCCAAUAAAGAACUAUGGACUUUGUUCAGAAAAUGUCGGAACCCCUAAUCCUCACUGCCCAGUAGCUCAGUCAACAGAUGGUACUGGAUAUUGCUCCGAGAGGCCCAGUGGCUUUCACAAGUCAGCACAAACCUGUACUCUGUCCUCAGCAAUCAGCUCCCAGAGUACCAAGCGCGAAGUUAAAGAAAAGGUGGGGCCAGUGUGGCUUCCCGGUUCUGCCCUGGACAUUCUAGAAGCUUAGACACGGGAUUCCCGGGACCCUCUGAUAAACUCCUGGCUGGGCUUCCACAAAGGUGCUCCUGCUCCUGCUAGUGAACCAUCCUGGACACCUAUGUUAAGUCUGUUUCUUCCCCAGGGUGUGCCUGCCAAGACCUCGCACUGCUAUUCUCCAAGUGUGUUCUAUUGUCCGAGAGGCAGAGUAGCACAAUGGACAGAGCUAGAGGCCAGAACAGCCUGACGCCCUUCUCCCCCAACCCACUCCUUUUUUGAGAGAUUUUUGCUACAGGGGCUUCUGCCAGCGAGAAAUCAGCCCCAGCGAGGAUACUGGGGUACGCGCGCGCGCGCGAACACGCACGCGCGCACACACACACACACACACACACACACACACACAAUUACUGGAGCCUCGCCCGCCCAACCCAGGCAGAGGCUGAGCCUCCAAUCUCCGGAAGCUGAGAUGGCCCCCGGCCGAGACCUCUCCGCCCACCACACUUUAUUUUAUACAGACACUACAGGCUUCUUUCUUUCUCAUUGUUCAGUGUUUUUUAUACGAUUAAAACGCUGAGUGUUUACUACUCAUGU